AUGUUUAGAACAGAAUGGUGGACUCUUGGACAAAGAGGUAAGAGGUUCAACCUGGACAAACUGAAGGUCUCUGAUACCAGGACACAGUAUAUGGAACAGCUGGAUAAAGACCUCCGCGCUCAAAGAACUAAUGGUGACACUAACUUUAGAUGGAAAUUUCGUUCGAAAUUUGCGGACCCCCCAAAAUUUGCGCUCCCACAGCAAGUACCACCUUUGCCCCUCCACGAGAAGUUCCGGCUGUUCUCCAAGUUAAUAAGGAUCAUGUUUAGUAAACAGGAGGAGCGGGUAGGGUUGGAAGAGGGGCCGGGAGCCUUGACUGAACAAGCAGUGGUGCGUCGGCCGCGGUGGAGUAUGCUGCUCCUCAUUGGGCUACUUGCGGUUCGGCAAAUGUUCGGCGAAGCUGCCAUAUCCGACACGCAGCUUGAGCGUCAAGUCCUUGCCAGGCUACAGGUGGUAGACGUGGAUCGGAUCUUAAACAACAAUAGGAUCAUCAACAAGUAUAUCAAAUGUAUACUGAGGCAAGGAGUAUGUCCACCGGAAGCGAGAGACUUUCGACGUGUGCUGCCGAGGUUAAUAAAGCAUUUGUGUGAAAAAUGUACUGACAGACAAAGGACAGCGCUCAAGCAGAUUUUCACCUUCGUCCAAAGUAAGUUCCCAAAGGAGUGGGAACAGGUGAAGACUCUAUAUGCAAGUCCUGAAGAUCAAAUAAGGAUGGAAAAAUUUGCGACUACCUGAUGGGUAUCCCAUCAAAAUUGAUGAAUAAUAAUUCCUUGCGAUCAAUUAUGUUAUUUAUGUUUAUUUAUUCAUACAAUCGCCAUAUGCAUUAAACUUAGUGAAUCUAUACUUUGAAGCUUCUAAGUAAUUACGUUCACCUACCUAUAUAUGAAAUAU